GCCGUUGCCACCCGCCCCCGCCCCUCCUCGUCGUCUCGUCGGCAGCUCUGUCAGGUUACGUUGACAGUAUGUGUCUCACGUGAAAAGGGAUUUGCAGUCCCUUCUAUUUACUGAAACCAUUCAUUGAAGUAUGGAAGAAGGCACAAUGCUGCUUCUACUUGCAAUCGUUAUGCUGGUGGGGAGCUUCUUGGCCGGUUCCAUUCCCCUUGUGAUGUCCAUGUCCGAGGAAAAAUUGCAGCUGAUAUCCGUCCUUGGAGCAGGUUUGCUGGUUGGUACAGCUCUAGCUGUAAUCAUCCCUGAGGGUGUGCGUGCGCUGCUAGAUGUGCCACAGGCAUCCCAUGCUCAUGCUGGUGUCGGGUCCAAGAAUGAAGGUCUGGUUGUUGAAGAACCGCAAAGCCAUACCCAAGCCAGUGACAUCCAUACGCUGAUUGGUCUAUCCCUAGUCCUGGGCUUUGUUUUUAUGUUAUUAAUUGAUCAACUCUCAAUGGCAAAAUCAAGAGAUAUUGAAGGAGGCGGAAAAGGUGCCGAGCGAAGCUUCACUGCAACCCUGGGUCUGGUUGUGCAUGCUGCUGUCGAUGGUGUCGCUCUUGGAGCAGCUGCGACCACUGCGCAUACAGAUGUAGAGAUGAUUGUAUUCUUAGCAAUCAUGCUUCACAAGGCACCUGCUGCAUUUGGUUUGGUGACAUUCUUACUUCAUGAAGGGGUGGACCGUAAGAGAAUAAGGAAGAACUUAUUAAUUUUCUCUCUGGCAGCCCCUGUUUUGGCUCUUGUGACCUUUUAUGGCAUAGGACAGGAGGGAAAGGAAACAUUAUCAUCAGUAAAUGCGACUGGUUUGGCAAUGCUCUUUAGUGCUGGCACUUUCCUAUAUGUAGCUACAGUUCAUGUGCUGCCAGAACUGACUAACCGAUCUGGAAAUUGCCACGGCGGUGGAGGUGGGAUGUUGCGAUUUUCUGAGCUCGCUGCCCUCAUAGUGGGUGCUCUAUCACCUGCAUUACUCACUACUGGUCAUCAUCAUUAACAAAUUGCAUGAUAAUUUUUUUCUAGUAAUCUAAAUGCAUUUAUAAAACUUCAAAGGGUUGAUCUCAUUCUCAUCUAAAGUCUCAGGAACUUUUUCAUUCUUACCUUGCCGUGUGUAGCACCCUUUCCUACUGAGGUAUUUUAACCUGAUGUGCUGAGAAUACCCUGUUGAAACCAUUUGUUACUAUUAAACAGGGUCAUCUUAUUUUAUCUGCGUGUAAAUGUGUGUGUGUUGGAGACUUUCGAAAAGUUUCUACCCUUUCUUAGAAUUAUUUAAUUUGAUUGUUAUCUUUUAGAAGGUGGAAGGUGCUGUGAUACCAGCACAACUCUCAUGCUCAAAAUCUCCUCAAGAUUUCCCAUGCAGAGUGAGAAUAGCUCUGCCUUUUUAGAGAUUCCACAGACUCUUGGCCAUUUGGUCAUUUGCCAAUUACACAUUUUUCUGGGGUGCUGUUUAUGUAAGCUGACCAUAAAGCUCUCUAGAAAAACUGUAAAAAAAAUAAAUAAAUACAAAAUGUAAAAUAGGUAUGAGGCUACAAGGAAAAAGAACAAAAAUUCAGGUAUAUGUUAGGAAUUGUGUUUAGUAAAUCGAUUCUGAUGAUUCCCUUCCUCUUGUUCUUUUGUGCUGCACUUCAAUUAAUUUUUGUCACAAAUAUAUGCCAAAAUGAUUGGUAGAUAUAAGGCUGUUAGACUGAUUUUCUGUUUUAAAUGAGACGCCAUAGUCCUGUAAUGACUUAUAUUGUGAUCCUCACAUAAUGGUAUUUCAGGAAAAUGUAGGUCUAAUAAUGUGAUGUUACUUUGUGUGAAUCAUUAUUAUUAUUAAACUGUACAAUUGUUGCUUCUUUCUAUUGUUAUUAUUGUCUUUGAAAUCUAUGUUCUGAUUUUAUGAAA